AUGAAAGAUAUGAAGGAGUCCAAUGCUACAGAAGAUGAUAAAGUAUCUAGUUAUUUGGAGUUCCGGACUUCAAAGUUGGUCGAGGCUAAAGAUGGUAUGCGAAACUCUGUUUUUGCUGUGUUUCUGGUUAAUAUGACAACAAAAAUUCGAAUAUGGAGAGCAUUACACAUGUCUGGGAACUUACAGAUCAUUAAGGAGGUUUUGUGCUCCAAUUCCAUGGUCGAAGUCUGUAAUUUUUGUUCUUUACAAGAUUAUAGCACUUGGGAUGAACAACUUGGCCGCAGAUUGUCAUUAGUUCUUGAUGAGUCCCAAGCAACUGCAGUACUUAAUUCUAUUUCGGUAGCGCUGUGCAACCACAAGUCUUCUAUUAAACUUAUUUGGGGUCCACCCGGGACUGGGAAAACUAAAACUCUCAGUAUCUUGUUGUAUACCCUCUUAAGUAAGAGCUGUAGAACACUUGCAUGUGCCCCAACAAAUGUUGCAGUUAAGGAAGUGGCCUUGCGUGUCCUAAAGCUUGUUAAAGAUCCUUACCACAUGGAUCCAGGAAAGGAUGAGUUGUUAUGUUCAAUGGGAGAUUUGCUCUUAUUUGGGAGUAGGAAUCGUUUGGAAGUUUUUGAUGAUCUUGAGGAGAUUUAUUUGGAUCAUCGUGUGGACAGGCUGGUAGAAUGUUUUGCGCCACAAAACAGUUGGAAGAAAUGCUUUAUAACCAUGAUAAACUUCCUUGAAGAUUUUGUUGCUCAAUAUCAUUUAUUGGAGAAUGAAUCAGUCGGCAAGGCUAAAACUAGUGUCCGCAAUGAUUCCACCUCUAUGGUUCCUAAUUCAUUUCUUGGGUUGAUAAGAGAUAGAUACAGAGCGGUAGUAUCUCCUCUGAAAAGAUGUAAAAGUGAUUUAUGCACCCAUCUUCCAAAAAAAUUUCUGUUGCAGCAUAAUUUUGAAGGCAUGGUAUGCCUUCUUAAUUUGCUCGAUUCUUUUGGAAGUCUUCUGUCUCAAAAUGAUGCUAAUGACAAAGAAAUAGAGACGCUCUUUACUCAUGGGGAAGUUGUUGAUUCUUGCCAUAAGCUUGAGAGUGAAGCAUGUACAUCUCGUAAUUCUGCUCAGCUGUACAAGAUCAGAAAUGAAUGCAUAGAUACUCUAAGGUCUCUUUGUCAUUCGCUUUCUCAUGUCCUUCCAGAAAGUAUGAACAGAAGUUUGGUAUGGCAGUUUUGCUUUCAAUCUGCCUCCCUCAUCUUCUGUACAGCGUCUAGCUCAUACACUUUGCAUAGAGUAGAAAUGGAUCCGCUGAACUUGUUGGUUAUUAAUGAAGCUGCUCAGUUAAGAGAGUGUGAAUCAGUGAUACCCAUGCAUCUUAAAGGUAUACGACAUGCUAUUUUAAUUGGUGACGAGCGUCAGCUACCAGCAAUGGUUGCUAGCAAGGUUUCUGAUGGUGCUGGAUUUGGAAGAAGUGUAUUUGAAAGGUUGAGUUCACUGGGACAUUCAAAGCACCUUCUCAACAUUCAGUACAGAAUGCAUCCUAAAAUAAGUGCUUUCCCAAAUGCCAACUUUUGUUGGAACCAGAUUUUAGAUGCUCCCAAUGUUCUCUGUAAAAAUUAUGAAAGACACUAUCUUCAAGGAACUAUGUUUGGUCCAUGCUCGUCAUGGAAUGCCGCAAGAGAGAAGCUAACGAUUGGAAUAAUAUCCCCAUAUGCUGCUCAAGUAGCUGCAAUUCAAGAGAAACUUGGACACAAAUAUGAGAAGCUCGAAUAUUUUGCUGUGAGGGUGAAGUCUAUUGACGGCUUCCAGGGUGGCGAAGAGGAUAUCAUAAUAAUCUCUACUGUCAGAUCUAACAGUGAAGGAUCUGUUGGAUUUUUAUCCAAUCUUCAGCGAACUAACGUUGCUUUGACUAGGGCACGGCGGUGUCUUUGGAUUUUGGGUGAUGGAAAAACUCUGCUUAGGAGUGGAUCUUGCUGGAGCGCAGUAGUUUCUGAUGCCAAACAUCGGCAUUGUUUAUUUAAUGCUGGUGAAGACAAAGAUCUAGCUAAAGCAGCAUUGAAAGCCAAGAAAGAACUUGAUCAGUUGGAUUCGAGCAACAGAGCAUUCGACGAAUUAUUUAUUGGUCAAAAGGGGCUAGCAGCUGAGGAUGAAACUCGAUCUCGUUCCGACGGUGUAGCCUUGGAUUCAGAUGUCAAGGAAAUCGAAUCUGCUUGGGAGCCUAUCGGACGCAAAGUUAAGCCACACCCGCCUAGCAUAAGGAUUGAGCGGUUGGCUAAAGAUGAUUUCAAAGCUGAAUGUGAAGAAGAUGACUACUUGUAUGCGAUGUACAACGACCUUGAAGAUGAUGAAGAAGUUCUUGAUUCCGAAAAUAGCUCUGAAGAGGAGUCCGAUGAGGACUCUACAGAAGAUGACGAUUGCAGAGACGGCGAUGAGUCUGACACAUCUGAAUCCGAUGAUUAA